CCUCCCGUCCCCCCCGCCACACCUAGAGGACCUCGGCCCCCCUCUGCGGGUCCCCCAACCUCCGAGAUCCUCGCGGAGGCCCGUUCCGGGGACCACCCUAGCGGUCAGCGCUUCCUCUGCAGCUGCGGGGUGGGUGCUCCGAACACCCCGGGUCCUGCUCGGAGCCGCGGCGGGCGCGGCCGGCCAGACCAGGAUGAUGUGGAACAACUUUUUCCUGCAAGAGGAGGAGAGGCGGCGGGGCGCGGCCAGCCGGCGGCGCGCACGGGAAGCCCGCUCGGGGCUGAGCCCGGAGCGCGAGCGCAAGGCCCGGUGGACGCUGCUGGCCACGGCCGUGGGCGUCGCACUGGCUGUGCUGGCCGUGGGCACCGAGUUCUGGGUGGAGCUGAGCCCCGACGGCGACGACACGUGCUCCACGGCGCACCUGGGUCUGUGGAAGGCCUGUGUCCGGCGCCCACGCCCCUCGCACGGGCCCCCCUGCGGCCCCGCGCGCCUGCACGGAGAUGCAAACUGCACCUACUUUAAGUUCUUCACCACGGGGGAGAAUGCGCACAUCUUCCAGAGAACCACAAAGAGAGAGGUGAAUCUGGCAGCUGCAGUGAUAGCAGUGCUUGGUCUGCUCAGCACGGCCCUGGGGUGCCUCUGUAUCAUCAUGGUGCUCACGCAGGGCGCAGAGUUCCUGCUCCGCGUGGGAGCCAUCUGCUUCGGCAUCUCAGGGCUGCUGCUCCUGGUCACUUUGGAGGUGUUCCGGCAGUCAGUGCAUGCACUUCUGCGCCGAGUGGACCCGGAGCCCCCCCUGGCACCCGUGCUGACCCUCGAGUACUCGUGGUCCCUCGGCUGUGCGGCCGCGGGGGGGCUGCUGCUGCUGCUGGGGGGCGGCUGCUUCCUGCUGCUCAGCCUGCCUCGACCCUGGAACUCGCUCUGCCCCGGCCGGGGGCAUGGGGCCACCUAGGCCAGCACCCGUGGGAAUCGGGGCCCUUGAGAUGCUCUGUCCGCCUGCAGCCCCUGCGGGCUGCCUGUCCCUGGCUGGGCAGUUUUGGGUUUGGGUGUUUGCAGAUUGGGUUUCCAGGCCCGCUGGUGGCAGCGGUGAGCAGGGAGGUCUCAGGGUCCAGGCAGCUGCACCCUCUCCCUCAUCUGGGGCACUGGAAGGGACCACGAGGCAGGAGGGCCCGAGUUGCUGUGGUGACAGGUUUGGCCACUCUAGCUCAGAGCUCAUUUCUGGGGGGCUGCAGCAUCUGUGGCCCCACCUGUGGCUCAUCAGCCCCAAGCCGAGGCGGGACCCUGGAGCUCAGCCCCUCGGGGACUGCAGAGGG